GCUCGCCAAGUUGACUUUCGCACGCAGCGGGGACGGACAGCGAGAGGCCGUAGCCGAGCCGGGGCGAGGCGUUGGCUGGCCCCCUCCCGUAUAAAAUCCACCCACCCCCGCGACUCCGCGAAGCCGCUAUUGGGUGCUCCACUGCACGCCUUUCGCCUUGUAUCCAUAGGAGUACACCAGCAAGCGAGCGAUCAGUAGAGCGACACACCGGCGGUGCGCGGUGAAAGAAACAAGACAAGCCAGAACAACGCUCGACGGUACAGAGGCGGUGGUUGGUGCGUGCGUGGGGAUGAAGAUGAUGGAGAAGGCACCUCGGAGGAAGGCGCAGGCGGCGCCGCCGCUCGUGGCGCUCCUCGUUUUGUCUUGCCUUGUUCUUCUUCCGCUGGUUUCCUCUGUGCCGCUGUCCAGAAGCAUGUCCUUGAGCAACCACCAAGCAUCAGUUUCUGGUCUGGAGGCGUCUGUUGAUCAGGUUGUGGCGGCGGCUGAGGAGCGAAACCUCGACGAAGUGGCGGCGACGGCGAGGAUGGUCAUCGAGGUCAACGACUACCCUGGCUCCGGAGCCAACAACCGCCAUGAUCCUAAGAGCCCAGGAAGAGCAUGAAGCUAGUGAUCUGCAGGGCCUUGUUACAUAUUAGGAGUAUUAGCUAUAGUACGUAGUGACAUGUGAUAUAUGUGUAGUGCUUUGAACCGGCCGGCUAAUUAAUCAAGUCUUCACCUAUUAUUGUCAGAUCGAGUGAAGCACGAGCUUGAUUAGCUAGCUACAACUCUCGAUUAAAAGGGAAGGAAACUUUUCAAGUUCGAUCCUUGUUAGAUAUGUAUCUGCAAAUGUGUCCAUGUCCACCCAUCCCCCUCAGUUUGUACAUCUUGUGUGCUACUUAAUUAAUCAAUGAUGACAAUAGCAGAUAAAAUAUA